AUGCCCACCUAUGUAGGUGUAGCAACCACUGCUUCCACCCAGUCCGCCAUGCCCACCUCUGUAGAUGUAGCAACCACUGCUUCCACCCAUUCCGCCAUGCCCACCUCUGUAGGUGUAGCAACCACUGCUUCCACCCAGUCCCCCAUGACCACCUCCAGAGGUAUGGAAACAACUACUUCCACCCAGUCCGCCAUGCCCACCUCUAGGUAUGGAAACAACUACUUCCACCCAGUCCCCCACGACCACCUCCGGAGGUGUAGCAACCACUACUUCCACCCAGACCGCCAAGCCGUCUCUGUAGGUGUAGCAACCACUGCUUCCACGCAGUCCGCCAUGCCCACCUAUGUAGGUGUAGCAACCACUGCUUCCACCCAGUCCGCCAUGCCCACCUCUGUAGAUGUAGCAACCACUGCUUCCACCCAUUGCGCCAUGCCCACCUCUUCCCCCAUGACCACCUCCAGAGGUAUGGAAACAACUACUUCCACCCAGUCCGCCAUGCCCACCUAUGUAGGUGUAGCAACCACUGCUUCCACCCAGUCCGCCAUGCCCACCUCUGUAGAUGUAGCAACCACUGCUUCCACCCAUUCCGCCAUGCCCACCUCUGUAGGUGUAGCAACCACUGCUUCCACCCAGUCCCCCAUGACCACCUCCAGAGGUAUGGAAACAACUACUUCCACCCAGUCCCCCACGACCACCUCCGGAGGUGUAGCAACCACUACUUCCACCCAGACCGCCAAGCCCGUCUCUGUAGGUGUAGCAACCACUGCUUCCACGCAGUCCGCCAUGCCCACCUAUGUAGGUGUAGCAACCACUGCUUCCACCCAGUCCGCCAUGCCCACCUCUGUAGAUGUAGCAACCACUGCUUCCACCCAUUGCGCCAUGCCCACCUCUGUAGGUGUAGCAACCACUGCUUCCACCCAGUCCGCCAUGCCCGUCUCUGUAGGUGUAGCAACCACUGCUUCCACCCAGUCCGCCAUGCCCGUCUCUGUAGGUGUAGCAACCACUGCUUCCACCCAGUCCGCCAUGCCCGUCUCUGUAGGUGUAGCAUCCACUGCUUCCACCCAGUCCGCCAUGCCCGUCUCUGUAGGUGUAGCAACCACUGCUUCCACUCAGUCCGCCAUGCCCACCUCUGUAGGUGUAGCAUCCACUGCUUCCACCCAGUCCGCCAUGCCCGUCUCUGUAGGUGUAGCAACCACUGCUUCCCCCCAGUCCGCCAUGCCCACCUCUGUAGGUGUAGCAACCACUGCUUCCACCCAGUCCGCCAUGCCCACCUCUGUAGGUGUAGCAUCCACUGCUUCCACCCAGUCCGCCAUGUUCACCUCUGUAGGUGUAGCAACCACUGCUUCCACCCAGUCCGCCAUGCCCACGUUCAUAGGUAUAGCAACCACUAGUCCCAACCAAUCCACCACAACCACCUCCGAAGGCGUUGCAUCCACCACAACCACGCAUUUUCCUACAACCGCAAACUCCUCAGAAGGUUCAGCAAUCAUCACACAGUCCGGCACCAGCACAGCAAACAAUCGGAAUUCUGCAUCUUCAACUUUAAUCCCCACUUUUACCUCAAUCAGCAUUAAUAAUUUAGGAACUUCCUCUGCCGCUACCUCUACAGCCAUGAUGCAGUCCACCUCUGCCAUGCCCACCAACUGUUCUAUGAUCACAAUGAUGUCCUCCACUCCGUCAUCAAACUCCACCGACAAACCUGCUAUGAAUGGAACCAUGAUGAUUUCCUGCCCUUCAUUCACAUGUAACCAAUCUACCUGCUAUAAGAUGUACACCAGUCAGAAUGCCACUCCAUGUGAGGCUGGUGCCUGCUAUUGUCAGAUGACUAGACAGAUGGACAUGUGGUACAAGGUUGGUUGUAGCGCCUCCUGUGCUCCUCGUUGCGCCAACGCCUCUCAGACCAACUGCUCUAUGGAAUGCUGCUCUUCUACUGACUGCCUCGAUAGCUGCUUUGCAUCGAUGAUGAUGACCACCACAGUAGCGCCAACAUCACCAACCAACACUAAAACAACAGCGGCAACCACUCCUCAAACCACAAGCAAAAGCUACACGAUGCCCGUCACCAGUUUGGCCCCAGGAGGAACUCGUCAUUACACAGAAGUUGCUACCUUACUACUGGGCCUUCUCGCCAUCGCUUGGCUGAAUGAGUGA